UUUUGAAAAGCACACUUCCUGUCAGUGGUUUCUGGGCUCGCGCAUGAGGAAUAAACUGGAAGAUGAGUGGGAUCGAGGCAUGGUACAUGGAUGAGUCCAGUGAGGACCAGAGGCUCCCGCACAGACUGAGCCCGAACCGGCCCGUGACCCGCGAGCAGCUCGAGCAGAUCGGAGUUUACCACUGGAAGUUAAAUGCUGACAUUUAUGAAAACGACCCUGAACUGCAGAAGAUCCGUGAGGAAAGAGGUUAUUCCUAUAUGGAUAUUAUAACUAUUCACCCGGAUAAACUUCCUGACUAUGGGAAUAAAGUGAAAAUGUUCUAUGAAGAACACCUCCAUCUCGACGACGAGAUCCGCUACAUCCUGGACGGAUCGGCGUACUUCGACGUGAGGGACAGAGAUGACCGCUGGAUCCGAGUGGCCAUGUCUAAAGGAGACCUCAUCACGCUGCCGGCGGGGAUUUACCACAGAUUCACCGUCGACGAAGCCAACUACACUAAAGCCAUGCGUCUGUUCAUCGGGGAGCCGGUCUGGAAGGCCUACAACCGUCCAGCCGAUGACUUCGACAUCCGUAAGGCCUACGUCAGCUCCCUCGCGUGCUCCUGAUUGGUUUGGAGUGGAUGAAGCAGCCAAUCACAGGACUGAUGAUGUGAUCUUCAUCAGAACGAGGCUCUGUAGUGCCUUUAACCAACUCUCUUGAGUAGAUCUGUGUGACAAUACUAAAACACUUUAUUAGUAGAAACACUUUAUACAGUAUUAGUGAGUAUUUUGAUUGUUAUGAUGAUGAAUUGUAGAGUUUAAUGUUCUCACAUGUUGUUGAAUUUCAUUUAAUUCAUUUAAUAUUAAAGAUGUGAGGAACAACUACA